AUGGAUAUCGGUUUUAAACGAGCCGCCUCGCAAGAUCCUGUCGAUUACACGAUACAGCCCAAACGAGCCCAUCAAGAUCAAGCUGCAAAAAAGCCCGACCACAGCCCCUCCCCUCGUCCAUCACCGUCUGAUUCAACCGCUUCCACGUCCAGCUCCACACAUGACAUCCAGCAGCCAAGCCGGCCCAACCAGAAACUCGGAAAUGCUCACGAGAGUCCCCAGCGAGCCUCAUUCUCCAUCCAUGACUUGUUGCAGCCACCGCUCAUGCGCAGUUCUCUUCUGAUCGAUCCGUCGACCACUCCAAAUCUCUUCAAUCCCUUCCUGCAAGCAAUCAAUUUCCCACUGACCUCCAUAUUUCAACAAGGCCUUCAGGGCCUUCUGCCAAUCAAUCCCCUCAUCGGGAAUCCGUUUUUGGCGCAAAUGGCCACCACGACGCAUGGAUUGCAAAGAAUGGUAUCCGAAGUGCAAAAGGAUUUGGACACAUCGUCGUGCUCGGAGGGCGGCGAGAAAAUCGACCAAGGCCGAGAAAAUAGUCAGGAGUUCCCUAGCGACAAUGGCAGCGAUUGUGAUGACGACGAAAAUGGUGAUUUACAAAUCUCCGAAGACGACACACGAAACGAGUCAUCGGAUCCGAAUCGAAAGAAGAAAACAAGGACAGUUUUCAGCCGGCAACAGGUUUCUCAAUUGGAAACGACUUUUGAUUUGAAACGUUAUUUAUCAAGCCAAGAGCGGGCACAUCUCGCUGCCGCACUUCGACUCACUGAAACACAGGUGAAGAUUUGGUUUCAAAAUCGUCGAAACAAGCUGAAGCGCCAGGUGGUCACUGACGAGGGAUUGCCGGGAAGCACAGUGGGCACAGUGGGCACAGUGGGUGCCGGUGCGCCAGGCACUCCAUUCUCCCUUCGCCCCAUCCUACCACCAGCUCCACCCCAACGAGUCCUUAAUCCAUUCCCGUUGGUACCCGGAACAACACCAAAUCAGGCUACACUCGAGAACGCGGCUCGAAUUUUCUUUAAUCAACUUCAAUUCGCUGGCCUACCCCCAUUCAAAGACGUC